UGAGCAGCCAGACUGCGAGACCGACACGAUUCCAGUUAGAGUACCGAUAAAAUUCAGAAAUGUCGGGUCGUUCGGUCCGCGCAGAGACCCGAAGCCGCGCUAAAGAUGACAUUAAGAAAGUGAUGGCCGCCAUCGAGAGAGUACGGAGAUGGGAGAAGAAAUGGGUCACAGUUGGUGAUACAUCAUUAAGAAUAUUUAAAUGGGUUCCUGUGGUGGACACAAAGGAGAAGGACAAAAGCAAAGUGUCUGUGGGUGGAGAAAUGCAACGGAAGAAUUUUCCAACGGAGGAGGCAUCUGAUAACGCCUGUUCGGUACUAUUAGAUUUUCAAGAUGACAACAGCAACCAGAGUUCUGUCGACUCAUACCAGCAUAAAAUAGCUGCAGACAGCAGCAAUAACUCCAGUCUACCGCCCAGUGAGCCGGUCAGUCCUGCACCUCAGAGUCUAGACUAUCAUACAGAUGACCCACAGCCGCCCACCCUCGGCCAGGAAAUCAUGGAAGAACCAUUGCUGCAGUCAAGUGAGAUUGCAGAUGAGCCGCCAACACUGAUCAAAGAAGAUCUUCUUCCUCUCACUGCUCAGGUUCAGGAGGAUGAAGACAGUUGUGGAGCCCCACCACUAAAAAGAAUUUGUACCGAGCAGGUCUCGGUCAUCCAGGCAGCCCCUCUGAGCUAACACACACACACAUACCCACACACUGUACACUGGGCAUUGAUAAUCAACCAGACUGAUCACUGACCUUUCUAGAACUGCUGCGAUAGACACAAUAUGGACCAGACAUCAGGAAAGCACUAUAUUUAUUAUCGCGUGGAAUAGCUUUUACAAAUCUUGGCCUUCCCUUUUUAACUCUUGUUCCCAGAACAUACAAAAUAUGUUUCAAUUCUGGUCAUGUCGCAAUUAUUGUUCAUUUCUGAAGAUAUUUUUGACAUAUAUGAAGCAUUAUUUCAAGGUUAAUAAGCCAAAAUCAAAAGAAGCCAGACUAUUAACUGGACAUUCCUGUUUACCGGGAGAGCGGAUGAAUGUACUCUCACUUUAAAGCCCUUCUUGUUGAUUGCUGUUACAGUUAUUACAAUGAUAAUAGCUUUAUAUUAUAGACAGUGGAAUGUGAUGCUUGAUAAAAAAGGAAAGCCAUAAAAUAAUUUCAUGUUGACUGAAGGCUUAGCCAUUAUUGAGGAAAAUGUAUUUCAAAACAAAGACAAGUAGUGAGUUUUAUAGCAAGGGUACUUGAAUAGAUCACACUUUCUGCACAAAUAAUUUCAUUAGACCACGCCAUUCUCCUUUAACAAAUACAUUGACUUAACAUGCAGAAGGUCUUCAAUCAAAUUCUGUGAGUUUACAUGCAGAUUGAAAUGAAUGUUUAAGCUAUGAUUCAAAAUAUGUGAAUAAUAUCUAGUUUGUAGAUUCUGGUCUCAGGGUCUCUUAGUGCCUCCGAUUGUUAAAGAAUCACCCUUCCAGCUCUCAUUUUUUUCAUUAAUUGAACAUUUACUAAUUUGUCUCAAUGUAACACAUACAUUGAAAUAAGUUAUUAUAAAAUAUGUUGGUAUUAUUCAUGAAAUUUUAUAGGAAUGGUAUUUGUAUAGUGGGCACAUUGAGGUUGAUGAAGCAGCCAUAUUGUUAUUUGAUUAAAAUAUUAGACAUU